UUUCUCUGUCACAUUCUCUCUCUCUCUCUCUCUCUCCAGCGUUUUCCAUUUUGCCUUUUGUUUACAGAUCCAACACCAGCCUCGAAUUCUCGCUCCCCAACCGGGAUUCUCGUCGCCUGGACACCAAGAACGAGGCCCCUCGAGAUUUGUUGAUUGAUUUGCUUUGUUGGGUACGUCGAGAGAGAGAGAGAGAGAGAAGCGGCUGUAAUGGCGGCGGCAGCCGGGUUCUUGAUUGCCGUCGCGGCGCUGGCGUCGGCGGCGGCGGUGUGCGGCGGAUUCCCGGCGGCGAUGACGCUGGAGCGGGCUUUUCCCGUGAGGGGUCACGCGGAGAUGAGUCAACUCAUUGCUCGGGACAGAGCCAGGCACGGCAGGAUGUUGCAGUCUUCCACCGGGGUCGUUGAUUUUCCCGUCGCCGGCUCUUUCAAUCCUUUCGCUGUUGGGCUUUAUUACACAAAAGUGCAACUGGGUAACCCUGCAAAAGAUUACUACGUACAGAUUGAUACAGGAAGUGAUGUUCUGUGGGUUAGUUGUAGUUCCUGCAGUGGCUGUCCCGGGAAAAGUGGACUUCCUAUUCAGCUCAAUUCAUUCGAUCCGUCUAGCUCAAAGACGGCUUCGAUGAUCUCUUGCUCUGACAAACUUUGCGUCCAAGGGGUUCAGUCGUCGGACUCAGGCUGCUCUUCACAGAAGAACUCUUGCAGUUUCUCGUUCCAAUAUGGAGACGGUAGUGGGGCGUCAGGUUAUUAUGUGUCUGACCAGUUCCAUUUCGACACGAUGUUGGGGGGCUCUCAGACUGCUAAUUCCUCAGCUUCUGUUGUCUUUGGGUGUGGCACGGCAGUAAGUGGGGAAUUGACGAAAACGGAUAGGGCAGUUGCUGGGAUUUUUGGGUUCGGGCAGCAGAGUAUGUCUGUUGUUUCUCAGCUGGCUUCACAGGGAGUAACACCCAAAGUGUUCUCACAUUGCUUGAGCGGAGAUGGGAACGGUGGGGGCAUAUUAGUCCUUGGCGAAAUUGUUGAGCCAAAUAUAGUCUAUAGUCCGCUCGUCCCGUCACAGCCUCAUUACAAUUUGAAUCUGCUAAGCAUUUCGGUGGGUGGGCAACAACUGGCUAUUGACUCGUCAGUAUUUUCAACAUCAAGCAGCCAAGGGACUAUAAUAGAUUCAGGGACGACACUGGCAUACCUUGCCGAAGGAGCUUAUGACACUUUCGUUACCGCCAUUGCGAACGCUGUUUCUCAGACUGCUCAAAGUUAUCCUACCCAGGGAAAUUACUGUUACCUCAUCACAUCAAGUGUCACGGAUGCAUUCCCUCAAGUUAGCUUGAAUUUUGAAGGAGGGGCUUCCAUGGUACUAAGUGCUACGGAGUAUAUGUUGCAGCAGCAAUCAGGGGGUGGUACCGAAGUAUGGUGCAUUGGCUUUUCAAAAGUUCAGGGGCAAGACAUUACAAUUCUAGGAGACCUUGUUCUACAAAACAAAAUCAUCGUCUACGAUUUGGCUGGGCAACGGAUCGGAUGGGCCAAUUAUGAUUGUUCACUGUCCGUGAAUGUGUCAACAACUAGCAACACCGGUACAAACGAAUACGUUAACGCGGGACAGCUGAGUGAUAAUAGCUCACCUAGAAGCACGCCUUACCAAUCGUUACCGCCGAUCAUGAUAGUAAUGCUCGGCAUUCUCCUGUUGCUAUAGCAUCCAACACAGGAAGGGGGUCUGCAGUCAUUCCGUUAUAGUAUAUUUAUGCAGCUCGUUUCAUACUCACACCGAAGCAAGCGAGACAGAUUGAUCACUUCUUUUGCAGCCAUUUUGCUGCGCUGGUGUACCAUAGUUUUGCAGUUCUUCAUUUCGAGGAUCAGCAUAUUUAUUCAUUCAGUCAGUGUAGAUUCUUACUUCAUUAGGCUUGUGAUAUAGGCAGUGUUGUAGAUGACAUUCAGAUACAGUUUAUUCAUACAUCAUAAAUCGACUUGCCAUUUUUUUU